AUUUAGGUUACUAAUUCUGAUACCUGAUAGGAAGUGUAGAUUUUAAUUACUUGUUGCCCUGUCAAGUACUUUAAUGUUGUAUUAAUUUAUUAAUACCGAGAUCCAAAUGAAUUUUAAUAAUGUAUUAGGAAUUCUUUGUGGAAAACGGUUUUUUACUCAAUCACUUAGAUUUUAUAGUUUGAAACAUAAAAACAUUUCACCCAUUGACUAUUGCUUGGAUUUAGUCAGAAAAAAUGAUUAUGAAAAUUUUUUAUGUGCUCUUCUGCUGCCAAAACAAACUAGAAAUGCUGUGAUCGCUGUCAGAGCAUUUAAUGUCGAAGUUUCCAAAGCUGCAAUUGCUUCCAAAGACCCUAGAAUUUCCUUGAUGAGGCUAGGAUUUUGGAAUGAAACAAUUGAUAAAAUUUAUGAAGGAAAUCCACCUAAUCACCCUGUUGCUCUUCAGCUUGCUAGGGCUAUUUCAAAGCAUGAUCUUAAAAAGAGAAAUUUAAUACGUUUGGUGAAAGCUAGAGAAGUUCAAUUAACAGAAAAAUGCUUUCAAUCAUUAGAGAACAUGGAAAAAUAUUCGGAGGAAACUGUUUCUCCUAUCAUUUAUAUAAGUCUUGAAGUUGCAGGAAUAAAGGAUAUUCACGCAGAUCAUGCUGCUAGCCAUGUCGGAAAGGGGCAAGGCCUGGUGUUGCUAUUGCGCAUUGCAAGAAGUAAUAACACCUGGAGUCUUCCUCGGGAUCUGAUAGAGUCAGCUGGAUUUGAUGUAGCCAAAGGUCUUAUACCUCAUUCAUCAUCAACAAAAGAUUUAGUUUUUAAAAUAGCUUCACGUGCCAAAGCUCAUAUUGAUAAGGCUAGAUCUCUAAGUUCUAAGUUACCCGGAGGCUCUUCUGUCUGUCUUUUACCUGCUAUACCUGCAGCUAAUUACCUCAGGAGACUUAGUGAUGCAGACUUUGAUAUUUUUGAUCCUUUUAUUGGAGAAAGAGACUUUCUCUUAGGAUUUUCUUUAUAUUGGGCAAAAUUGUCCAACUCAUAUUAACGUUCAUUGAGAUUACCUAGCUCUACAUGUCGAGACCAUCAAUAUUUUGAUUUGGCAUAUCAAAUAAAAGUUUCAUAAAACAGUGGAAAUUAAUAAUUGACAAAAUAUAGAUUGCUAUUUAUAUGCGAAUCAAGAUGAAAAGAUUUAACUGAUUGGGUUCCUGUAUUAUGCAAACUGAGGAGACAUCAAAAAUGUUAAUAAAUUAUACACAGAAUCAAGAAGAUCUAUGUUGUAAAUAAAAGGAAAAAAUUAAUUACUUCUUUUGUUAGAAAGCUGGUUAAAUUAUUUAGUUGUUGGCAAUAAAAAAAUCCAGUAUAUAACAAAUUAUGUAUUUGCUUUAAUUUUCUUUAAAUUAAUACUUUGGAAAAGAUUAGACUGAAUAAGUUGGACUAACA